AUGGCUUAUCACGACCAAGCAGAACAGGAAUACAAGACUCUCUGUGAUGAGUUACGAAAAGCACAGUCAGUUCAGCAACUGGAGGAACUUGAUCAUAGAAAAAGAGUGCUCCGCCGCCUUGAAUGUGCUGACAAAUCCGAUAUUAUAACUGUCAAGCUGUGUGGAACAGGUUGUUGUGCCUGUGAACUCUCUGCUUCCAAUGAGUUGAUGUUGACUGAAAUGUUUUACGGAGGCGUAUUCACAGACCUUACACCUGCUCAAAUCGCCGCUCUUCUAUCUUGUCUUGUGUUUCAGGAGUACGCUCGACGGACUGCCAAGUUGUCUGUUGAGUGA